GGUCGGUUUUCUAAUUUUCUCGAGUCCAAAGAUCUAGUUUGACUUGUUGCAAUUCUACGUCGGUCUGAAUCAUGGGAGCUACUAUAAGUUAUAGCCAUGGUGAACCUCUUGAAUCCUAUUUAAGGAAAUAUAGGCCUUCUAAAGUAGACAGUAAACAGGCAAGUUGGAUAUAUGUGUCAAGAAGCAAUUCAAGCAAUGACGACCAGUACAUAGAGGAAAAGGCAGACAUGAAAGGGGUUAAAGAAGAGUGGAAUCGUAUACAAAAGUCAGCCGAAAAACUAACUCAGAAAACCCUGAAAGACCUGGCGGUGAAAUUCAAUUUAAAAGUCGGGAAAUGGAUGAUAUUUGCACCCUAUACUGAAAUAGAUGACUUGUGGUCUACCAUUGCCAAGGCUGUAGUCGCUGGGAAACUGGGUAUCACUGCUAAAGUCAGUCCRAGGAAACCUGACMAGACAACUCAUCUAAUAUGUAUUUAUACYAAAGAUUUCACGGAUGAAAAUGAUGUACAAAGAGUUGAGAAGGCAAUUAGGGAAUUGGGCAUUCACAUWAAGAUGCAUUACAAGCCAGAUAUCUACACACACCUGAAUAUUUAUUCCAAGAAUAAAUAUGGAAUCCCUGCUUCUAUUUACACUAGUGAUAGUAAAGCAAAGAAUGACAAUUCAAGGGWCAAGCAAGGGGCAAUGAAGAGAAGAAWUGAUGSUCAAAGUAGCAAGGAGGAUGGAUCAUUGGAACCAUUCUUAAAACAGCACAGAAAAGAAAUAUGAUAAGUAUUACUGCAGCAUCACACACUAGAAUAAAUGCAUUUAACCCAUUAAAAUAGUAUAAAUUGACACUAAAUCUGCCAAUGAAGCAAAACGUCCUUUGAAUCACUAUUGUUCCUAAUGAACAACAUUUACUAAAUUGAAGAAAACACUACAGAGUGGCUUUUUAAAUUUCACAUACUAAGUGUGUUCACUCUAGCUGCGGUAUUGAACAUUUUACUGUAUUUAAAAAAGUAUUGGUUUUAUGUUUAUCAAGACURUCAAAACAUUCAGUUUUAUUGGUUGACUUUUAUUGAAAAAAUGAAAAGCACUUUUAUUUUUUAUUACUGAUAUUAAUUGAAAUUGAAUCUCCAUGCAAUAUCAAAUGUUUGUUAAAUGCAUGGCUGCAUGUUAUUGCUCGAUUUGGUUGGUUGUAUCCACUUAGACACAGGGAGCCCAUACAUCCACAUACUUCCAAGAACCUUGUUGGCAAAAYAUUCUCACAUUCCAAAAUUUCCCCUGUCUCUCUCUCUCUCUCAUAGCAGGGAGAGACCUGGGAACAAGCCACUGAACAGCUGCAAGAGGAGACCACCAAUCAGAAGUCAGCUUUCAAUAACAGUCAAAUGAUAACAAAUCAAAUGAUUGCAGAAGUUCUUGGAUGAAUGUUGUAGGCAUUAAAUUCAGAAAAAAAUUGAUUAAUUUAAAUGAAUUGAAAAAAUUACUAAAUACUGCUUUUAGUUUUAACUAAA